GGUGAACGCCGUGGAGACUCCGGAGGAGCUACAGGACGUCUACGGACACUUCCUGCUCUACUACGGCCGCGAGCUCGCCAAGAUGCACAACAAGACGACGGGCGCGCACGCGGCGGCCGACGGCGACGAACGCAGUGGCGUGUCGGAGAACAUCAAGCACGCGUCGCGGCAGGACGGAUACACGCUGUGUGUGGACGCCGGGCUAGGUNGAUUCGCAAAGAAGUUUGGACUGACGCCUGAGCAGUUUAGUGAGAAUUUGCGUGACAACUACCAGCGGCACGAGGUGGAUCAGUAUCCCACCGAACCAACAGAACUGGCCAUCGAGUACCUGUCCAGUGGAUUUAGUUGA